UAGGAUAAUGCUACUUACACCCCAAACUUACCCCAAUUUGUACCCCAAUAUAAAAGACCUCCCCCACCCCACACAUGCAAGUAACCCCCCCCACCUAAUUCACUCUGCUUCACAAUCUUACUCUCUCUCCUCCGUUACCUUUUUCUUGCCGGUUUGAAUGUCCUCCUCGCCUUUUGUGUCGCUGCCGAUUGACACCACAUACUUCUCUGAGUCCUCGCCGUUGUCAUCUCUGAAACAUUUCAUUGGCAGCACCAUCUUCACAGCCCUCCUCUCUGUCGUCUUCACAGCCCUCAUCUCUGACGCCGGUGGUCCACCUUUAAGGUUUGCGUGCAUGUGGUGUUAUGAUCCUUGCAUAGGCAAUAUGCAGCACGUAUGUGGUGUUACGAUCCUUGCAUUCGCGGAGUACCUCUUGGCUGGUUCGCCACUACUUCCUGACUGCACCUACGAUUAUGUCGACGACUUCCGUAGGCAAUAUGCGGCACGUAUCUUUCGAAUGACAGUGGCCUAAAGCUUGUGCAAUAUAUGUUCUUUAAUUAACGCACAACUAUGACAGAUUAUCCCUCUAUGCUAAUAUAUGCAAGGCAUUUUU